UCCCCGCCUCCUUGAAGUUGCCUAUCGCUGUCAGCUGCUACUGGUUGCAGCAGGCGGAGGCCAAGGCGAGACUGCAUCACCUCCAGGCCCUGCUGCUGGGGAUGCUGCUGGGGCCCCUGCGCGCUGCGGCCCGCGGCCCUGAUGAGGCGGGCCAGCGCUGGGUCGGUGCCCUGGCGCUGCGCGAGGAGCUGCAGGGGGCCAGGGCGCCGCCGGGCCCGGGGCUGGACCUGGACGAGGCCCACACCUUCUGCCAGUGGCAGUGCUGUCUGCAGAUGGGGCUGUACCUCAACCAGCUGCUGGCCGCACCUCUCCCGGAGCCCGACCUCACCUGCGUGUACAGCGGGAGCCCGGCACAAGGGCUGUGCCGCCGCCUGCUGACAUCAGCCUCGGCGGAGGGGCUCCUGCGCGGGUGUCCCGAGGCGCAGCAGCUUUACGAGUGCCUGUUCCACGCCACGAGGUCCUGUGCCCCUGCUGAACUCUUCCUACCAAAAAGCAAGUCAAACUCCAAAAAAAAAAAAAAGGCAAAAGAAACAAGGCAGCAGCGGGUCCAAGAACAGAGUGGGGGCCAUCUCAGACGUGAGAAGUUGGUACGAGGGAGGCAAUCGGUUUGGGCUGUUAAUGGUCGAGAACCUGGAGGGAUGCAUGGAGGCCUCCGAGCUGGCAUGAACACCGGCUGCCACCACAGGUGGAAUUCUUACUGAAAACUGUUGUUGCCGCCCUUUAAAUGACUGACUUUUCUUC